CUUCAUCAAAUAACAAUCUCCACACACUCUUUCCAUUCCCCUUCAGACUGUCGUGACACAAUGCGGGGUGUUUCCAGUCUAUCUCCUUGCAGAAAGCACCCUUGCCAGCCCCCGAAAGAACCCCUCUGAAAUUGUAUCUACUUCACCGAACAUCAGUGGCAUCAAGGGCACCCCAGACGGAUCCACUGAGCAUGUCGGCAUGCCAUCCUCGGUACCAUGCCCCGCCCUAAAGUACACCCAGCCAACCGUUUAAGAGCCUACGAAGCUUGCAAUGCAUGCAGGUCAACGAAAAAGCGAUGCAGUGGGACAUUUCCAUGCUCGAAGUGCAUCAGACUCGGACGCGCCGAUACAUGCGUGCCUAGACCACGGUCCGCUGCUCAACGGCCGACUGCAAACACCCGGAUCCUGCGCCGCUAUGAUUCUGGGCGUCGACCAGCCACAACUCUUGGUGCAAAUAGCUUGGCAGGUCGGGCAGAUUCCGCUAGCUUCGAGGCUUCGGAGCCGAGUCGAUCGACAGUAGAUACUCAGCCUAUGUCCCCAGAAACAUUACAUAGGACUCAUCCACGGAUGCUCCGCAAUCUACGUGGCGAACGAGUCUAUGUGGGAAAGGCUGCCUCCUUGUCCUUUCUGCAACUAGUCCGGGACACUGUAUCACAGUAUAUUGGGCCGUCGCAAUUCUCGCACAAUGUGAAAAGCGAAGAUAUGCUAGAGACGGAGACACCACACGGGACACCACCAACGCUAGAGAGUAGUCUGGACUCAUAUCAGCUACUCCAGUACUAUCAGACAUAUAGCUCAGCUACGAGUGGCUUCAUCCACGUCUUGUCAAGUGCAGAGGCUAUGGAAGUUCUUGAUGCUUUAAUUGAGCCCAGCACACAUCCAGAUAGGACAGAAAUGGCAGUCGCAGGUAUGAUAAUUGCCAUCGGGGCACAGGCCAGCAAACGCACUGUUUCUACCGAGCAAGCCGAGCGCUAUUUCUUCUCCCGUGCUCAACGCAGCGCCUUUGAGGGGAUGUUGGAAAACCCCAGCUUGACUCUGAUACGUUUAUUCCUGUUGAUGUCCUUCUACAUGCUCGGUGCUUGUCGUCGGAAUGCCGCCUUCAUGUAUCUUGGCGUGGCUGUUCGAGCUGCUGUGGCAUUGGGUCUUCAUCUUACCGAGCUCGCGGAUGCCGUGCCUAGCCCUGAGCAACACCAGAGAGUAAGGGUGUGGAUGAGUGUUUAUAACCUGGACCUUCUAGUAAGCUCUAUCCUUGGGAGACCAGCUGCGACAGCUGCUCUGCGUUCGGAAACAGAGGAUGGUCCUAUCCGUUACGCACUCCUGGAGGGCCAUAUGUCGAUGGGCUUGGUUGCCUCCUAUGGGGUCUCGAGGAUCUUGGAGGAUAUUAUCUCGUCUAUGUACAGCAAGGACGGAGCCUCGGCUGAGCUCGCGGACUCGCUUUUAGCCAAACUCAAACAAUGGAGCGAUGAACUACCGGGGCCAUUGGUGGAGCCUCCUAAUCUUGACUUCGACGAACCCGCUGCGCGAACCCAUAUCAUCAACAAUCUUCACGUUGCUUGCAUUUACCAUUUCGCGGUAAUCACGGCGACGCGACCCUUUCUGGUUUCAGUUCUGGGCGUGCGACUGGCAAGGUUGCACAAUGACUCUACGGAUGGCACAUCGAGUGAUUUGUUGCAUGAGGAUGCAGCACAUUCCAAUCUUGCAACUGCUUGCAUUGAUUCAGCCUUGUACAUGAUACAGACAUGUUCUGAGGUGCACCGCUCUAAACUAAUGCUAGGAAACAUGUGCAUACUGAAGGCUUUUGUAUUCGCUGCCGCCUUGGUUCUCGGGUUCUCGAUGUUCUCUCGGAAAGAGGCGGAGCCCUCACAUGAACAGGCUUACGGGGAUGCCCUGGAGAUUCUCCGUGUGCUUUCGGAGCAGUCCGCCCAGGCAGGCCAUUACCAUGAGAUACUUAGCUGCCUGGGCAAUGCUGUUACUGAGCAGCGUCGACGACUUGUACAGCAUUCCCGCCAGAGUAAGGGACGAUAUGUCAGUAAACUUUUUAGUCUGGAUGAUCGCAGGCCCUCGGUGGAGCUACAGGAAGGGCUAGACACGCCAUUGUUAAAUGGCGUUUCUGCUAUGUCCCCUGGGGCCGGCAUCUCGGAUCCAUGGGCUGGCAUCCAACGCCUGGGCUUUAUGGACUCUUUGGAGAUUGAUGCAGCGUAUACUGGCCUCGACGGUAUGCAGCUGCCGGUAUGGGAUAGUUUUCCCUUCGUUGGCGAGGCUUUUCAGCUGCAGGGCAGGAUGGGUGAUGUAACUUAAUGUAGUGUGCAUACGAAUAACGCCUUGACUUAUGAUCUAUUUAUAUCUAUUGAUCUAUUAUCUGGCAGGGGCUGGUACAAUUUUUCAUGGUUAUUAAUCGGUUGUGAGAUGUUC